GCUUGAUAGACUUUGCCGCUAUAGCCUGCGCGUAUAUACGCGGUUGGCUUCUACGGAAGGGCCUCUAUCGUCUUUGGCGGCUGCUGCCAGUUCACAAUACGCCCCCGCAAGGCCGGCUCCUUUCUUUGAAAAUCGUUGGCUCGCCCUAAUUAGCAAGAUGACCACUACGGAAUACGUAUUGCCGGAUCAAUGGUCAGAGGACCUGAAGGAUGAGAAGGGCGAGCCGAUGUCAAAGAGCGAGUUCAAGAAGCGCCAGAAGGCCAAGCGUGUUGCAGCAGAGAAGGCGGAGAAGGAGGCCGCCAAGGCCGCUGCGGCUGCGGCUGCGCCACCCAAGGCCCCGAAGGAGGAUGGCCCGGCGCUGGAGGACGACUCCAGCGAGAUCACUGAUCCCACCGCUUACUUUGAGAACCGCGUGCGUUAUAUUAACGCCAAGAAGGGGAAGGGCGUGAACCCAUACCCCCACAAGUUCAAUGUAACCAUGUCGCUGCCUGAUUACGUGGCCAAGUACGGCAGCCUGGAGGCUGGCCAGCAGGAGACGGAGACCACGGUGGCUGUGGCGGGCCGCGUCUCCAGCAAGCGCGCUUCUGGCGCGAAGCUUCUGUUCUAUGACAUGAAGGCGGAUGGCGUCAAGAUCCAAAUUAUGGCGGAUGCCAGGAACUCCGACCUGUCCCUGGAGGCUUUCACGGCCGUGCACAACGAGUGCAAGCGCGGUGACAUUGUGGGAGUGGAGGGCUUCCCCGGCAAGUCCAAGAAGGGCGAGCUGUCCAUUUUCCCGCGCAAGUUCGUGGUGCUGUCUCCCUGCCUGCACAUGCCGCCGUCCCUGCACUUCGGCCUCAAGGACCAGGAGACCCGCUACCGGCAGCGGUACCUGGACCUCAUGGUCAACAACGAGGUGCGGUCCAUCUUCUUCACGCGCUCGCGCAUCAUCCAGUUCGUGCGCCGCUUCCUGGACACCCGCGGCUUCCUCGAGGUGGAGACGCCCAUGAUGAACAUGAUCCCCGGUGGCGCCGCAGCGCGGCCCUUCAUCACGCACCACAACGACCUGGACAUGCAGCUCUACAUGCGCAUCGCCCCCGAGCUCUUCCUCAAGAUGCUCGUAAUCGGUGGCCUGGAGCGCGUGUACGAGAUUGGCCGCCAAUUCAGGAACGAGGGCAUUGACCUCACCCACAACCCCGAGUUCACCACCUGCGAGUUCUACCAGGCGUACGCCGACUACAAGGACCUCAUGGACAUGACGGAGACCAUGAUCAGCCAGAUGGUGCUGGAGAUUAAGGGCUCGUACAAGAUCCAGUACCACCCAGAGGGGCCGGAGAAGCCCGCCAUUGAGAUUGACUUCACGCCGCCAUGGCGCCGCAUCUCGAUGGUUUCCGGGCUGGAGGAGUGCCUGGGCACCAAGCUGCCGACGGACCUGGAGAGCGAGGAGACGCGGCAGCUGCUGGCCGACCUGUGCGUCAAGCACAACGUCAACUGCCCCGCGCCUCAGACCGCCGCACGCCUGCUGGACAAGCUGGUGGGCGAGUUCCUGGAGGAGCAGUGCGUCAACCCCACCUUCAUCUGCGACCACCCGCAGCUCAUGAGCCCCCUGGCCAAGUGGCACCGCGAGCUGCCCGGCAUGACGGAACGCUUUGAGCUGUUCAUUAACAAGCGCGAGGUGUGCAACGCCUACACCGAGCUCAACGACCCCAUCAAGCAGCGCGACCUGUUCCAGGACCAGGCCAAGGCCAAGUCCGCGGGUGACGACGAGGCCAUGUUCAUUGACGAGAACUUCUGCACGGCGCUCGAGUACGGCCUGCCGCCCACCGGCGGCUGGGGCAUGGGCAUUGACCGCAUGACCAUGUUGCUGACCGACACGUGCAACAUCAAGGAGGUCCUGCUCUUCCCGGCCAUGAAGCCCGAGGAGACCGGGCCCAAGAAGGACGCGGACAAGUGAGCGGACUAGCAUGGGCAAGUGACAUAUGAGAGGACAUCCUGCUUAGGUAGACAUGAACGGCCAUUUCAGUGUAUGGCGGGUUGCGGGGUUCACAGUGAGGGAGUAGUCGGGUAGCUUAGUCACAUGACCGUCAGUUUGUGCACAUUCUUACUCGUGUCAAAUUAGGUAGAUAAGGACAGGAUGACAAUUGUUAUCUUAGGGACUUUUGGGUUCCCUCCAUGUUUAACCCUGACGUUGGGUGUGGUAAUGCUGUGACAGGCAGGAGUGUGUUUUUGUACUGCUGUGGCACAGUGAUAGGGGUAUUAUUGGCAGGGGUGGUAAGCGGCGAGCCGUCGCUUCGUGCGUUUCGCGUGCUACUGUUUGUUGCGCAUGGCCGCGCACUGUGGAGGACAGUCCUACUGGC